UUUUUUUAAUUGGAAAGACGCAGUCAUAAAGUUAUUAGUUUAGUCAGUCCGCAGGCGGAAGAGCUUCUUAUAUCUGAUUGAUGAUUUCUAUUGACAUCGUCUACGGCGGACUACUCCAAACCAGAGGAUUUUAUCACCGCCGUGGGGGCUGUUUGCUCGGCUUGCACUUCAUCGACGGUUAAUCAGAACAGCCUGUUUUCUGUUUUGUUUACUGUCCAGGAAUCUCCGGCGCCGAAACCCUAGGCGAAUUUGGUUCUUGCAUUUAGCUGAACUCCUGGAGUUUCACAAGACAAGAAAUUCUCAGAGAAGUAUGAAGCAUGGCAUCGAGGCUUUGAUUGGCAGUGUGGAAUUUCAGUGGCUGUUUUGUUCUUUAUGUUUGUUCUCUCGGAAGGGUCAUGAUUGGAUAUUGACCUGGAAUGGUAUCCACAUCAAAAUAUAGGGGCUUAGUAUACAAAGUUUUGAGGUUGCUGCAACCUUUUGUGGAUGAGGACAAUGUUAAAUUAUUGGCAUCGUCAUGACAUUGCUUGGCUUCCUGCCUCCAUUGUCUGUAGCCAGUUGAUGUUUAACAGGGCAUCCAGUUGUAGAAGAGUAACAUUAUAACAUAAGGAAAAUCAUGGAACAGGCUUCAGAGAAAAAAUAUCCCCUUACUGCGAAAGAUUACAAGUUGUAUGAGGAAGUUGGAGAAGGCGUCAGUGCUACUGUUUAUAGAGCUCUUUGUGUUCCACUUAACGAGAUCGUUGCAAUCAAGGUUCUUGAUCUUGAGAAGUGCAACAAUGACUUGGAUGGCAUUCGGCGUGAGGUACAGACAAUGAUUUUGAUUGAUCAUCCAAAUGUCUUGCGAGCUCACUGCUCCUUCACCACCGGCCAUAACCUAUGGGUUGUGAUGCCAUACAUGGCUGGUGGAUCUUGCCUUCAUAUUAUGAAAUCAGCUUUCCCAGAAGGUUUUGAGGAGCCUGUUAUUGCUACAUUAUUACGCGAGGUUUUGAAAGCUCUUGUUUAUCUUCAUGCUCAUGGACAUAUCCACAGAGAUGUGAAGGCUGGGAACAUACUGAUUGAUUCUAAUGGUGCUGUUAAAUUAGCAGACUUUGGAGUUGCUGCAUGUAUGUUUGAUACUGGUGAUCGUCAGCGUUCAAGAAAUACUUUUGUUGGGACACCAUGCUGGAUGGCUCCUGAAGUCAUGCAACAAUUACAUGGAUAUGAUUUCAAAGCAGAUAUCUGGUCAUUUGGAAUAACAGCUCUUGAACUUGCUCAUGGUCAUGCACCAUUCUCGAAGUACCCGCCAAUGAAGGUUCUGCUGAUGACUCUACAAAAUGCUCCACCUGGGCUGGAUUAUGAAAGAGACAAAAGAUUCUCAAAGUCUUUCAAAGAUCUGGUUGCUGCUUGCUUGGUGAAGGAUCCCAAAAAACGUCCCAGCUCUGAAAAACUUUUGAAGCACCCUUUCUUUAAACAUGCUCGCUCAAAUGAUUAUUUGGCGCGUACAAUCCUUGAUGGUCUGUCGCCGCUAGGUGAACGUUUUAGGAAUCUUAAGGAUAAAGAAGCAGAUAUUCUUUUACAAAAUAAGGCACUGUAUGAGGACAAGGAACAGUUAUCACAGCAAGAGUACAUUCGAGGAAUCAGUGCAUGGAAUUUCAAUCUCGAGGAUCUGAAAAAUCAAGCUGCCCUUAUUCAAGAUGAUCCUGUUUUAAGUUCAGAAGAGUCAAGUGUGAGUGGGAAGCACACAGAUGGCCAUGAUGAUGAUGUCACCCCUGUGGAUAGGGUGUACUCGGAGCGGGCUAAUCACUCAAAUGCUGCAUGUCAAUUGGAAGAGGAACUCAACAAUAUUGAUGAUUUGGAGAAUUCACUUGCUGCAUUUCCUAUAAAACCUCUUCAGGCUCUCAAAGGUUGUUUUGAUGUAUGCGAUGAUGACAUGGGUGCUGGUAGUCCAAAUUCAAGAGAUUCUGCGCAUUCAGAUUCUGAACAGCAAAGUCAACAACAGUCAUUGAUGGGUGAUGUGGAUCGAGAAUCAGGAAGAGAUGACGCCGGAGAUUCUGGUGAAAGCUCUUUGUCAUACUCUGUCCCUGCAGCGCCAAAAAAGUUUUCUAGUGGUUCGCUGCUGCAGGAUAAUGUUCUCGCCCAUAAAAAGUUAACUGGUGAUGGUGACAGGGAAUAUCACCAACCAAAAUACCCGACCGAGCGGAAUUAUAGUGGACCUAUGCAGUAUCGUCAGAAGAAAGAUUUUAGUAACUCUACAGCUGGGGAAGAUCCAUCAGAAGGUGGUCUCAUUGAACGGAGAGGACGUUUUAAAGUCACCUCAGCAGAUUUGAGUCCCAAGGGUCCAGUCAACUACUUUAACUCAAUUGCUGGUGGUUCCACAAGCCCAACAGUUCCAAGCGUCUCAGCUGCUUCCAUUUUCCCGUCCUUACAAUGCCUUUUGCAGCAGAACGCUAUGCAAAGAGAAGAGUUACUUAAAUUGAUCAAGUUUGUGGAACAAGCCUCAGGCAAUGGUGGUGAUUUGACGGAGGCAGGAAUAAAUGAUCUUGCGCAGCUGAUGAGCCCUAGUUCUGUGCGGGAGCGAGAGUUGCAAGCUCAGGUGAUUCAGAUGCAACAGAGCAUUGGGAGUCUGGUUGAAGAAUUACAGAGACUGAAGACGAGAAAUAGUCAGUUAGAAAGAAAAUUGAAUGCCAUGCUCAAGAAAGAUGACAAGAUACGAGAAUAAUGCCUCUCUAGAAAGAAAGUAAAGUUGGGUGGCGUGCAUCGUAUCAGAUCACCCUGCCUUGUCACUCUCUUUCUUCGUUGGUUUUUGGUUGCCAAUUUUUCCUACAAUCUCCUAUGUGAUACGAGUUUCUAGCUGGGUUGGAUUUUGGUGUAUCACCUGAAUGUACAUGUUCAAGGUACAUAAUGUCUGGGAUAUAAGUGGGUUAAGUUUGUGUAUUAUGUGUAAAGGUUAGAUUGCUCGCAGUUUCGAGUUGCCAUUCCCAUGGUUGAUAUGUAAUCUUUAUUUGUGUUCUGAGUUGUAUUCUUGUUUAAAUGUGUAUUCUAGUUUGCAGUUCCAUGUUGUAAUUAAUGUAUUCUAUAUAUUAGUUUCAACUCCUCAAGAGCAAUCUUUGAGCUGAUACAGAACACCUUUCCGUGA